AUGUCUGGACAACAGAAACUUUACCUUUUUGGUGAUCAGACUUAUGAGGUCCAAUCACGCUUGAAAGAGCUUCUCCAGUACAGGACGAAUCCAGUGCUCGAUGACUUCCUUCUCAAGUCAUACGACGCCAUUCGAACCAACAUCUCCAAUCUUCCUAUUCAGAUCCGCGAUAAUCUGCCAAGGUUUACAGCUAUCGAUGACCUUCUCCUGAUGGAGCCGACUUCGGGCAAGCGAUGCAUUCCUCUAGAGAUGGCAUUGACAUGCAUGUAUCAGCUGGGGGUUUUCAUCAGCCAGGAAGAGUCUGAUUACCCAAGUUCAGACAACUCUCGCUUCCUUGGUCUUUGUACAGGUACUCUGGCUGCGGCGGCAGUCAGCUGCAGUCGUAGCACACUUGACCUGAUUCCUCUUGGAGUGGCAGCUGUUGUUACUGCUUUCAAGACCGGCAUGCAUGUCACUGAUGUUGCACAACGUGUUGAGCCUUCUCAGGGAGCUCAGACCGACCGCAGCUGGUCUAUGCUUGUCGGUGGUACCGAUAGUGCAACUGAGGCUGUCAACAAGUUCCUCCAGGAGACCGACCUACCGUUGACCGACAGACCUUACAUUUCCGCAGUGGCACCUAGUGGAAUCACGGUCAGCGGACCCCCGAAUGCCUUGGCUCAACUUGCAGAUUCGAAGCAUUUCAAAGGCAUUCGAACAAAGAGCAUUCCAAUUUAUGGCCCUUACCACUGCCUUCAUCUCUCCUCACCGGAUGACGUCGAAGAGAUCUUAGUAGACCUGGAUGAGAAGAUCUCUGAGCGCGCUAGUCAAACUCCAGUGCUUUCGACUUCAGGAGUCGUCCUCGGCAUCAACAACUUCGGGACUUUGCUGAAGGAGGCGGUCUCGCAGAUCUUGCUGCAGCCAAUCAGCUGGCCCAACAUCAUCGAUGAAGUGCAAAAAUGGCUCUACGCCGCCGACCCUGAGUCUUUCAAGAUCGAUGCCAUCGCCACGACAGCAGAGCAGCUGAUCUACAAUGCUCUCAAGCAGACCGGCCUUAAGAGAUUGAUUUCCUCUCAGCCAGCCCAAGUCAAGCUAGCUGUGCCAGAACAGACAAAUGGUAAUCCAAAGCAGCCAAAGCUUGCUAUCAUCGGUGCAUCUGGUAGAUUCCCAGGCGCUAAGGACAACGAGGCGUUCUGGAACCUGCUAUAUCAAGGCCUCGAUGUUCAUAGAGAAGUUCCCGACUUUCACUGGGAUGCCAAGAGCCACGUCGAUCCUUCGGGCAAGAAAAAGAAUACUAGUGCUACGCCUUUCGGUUGCUGGCUAGAUAAUCCCAAGGAAUUCGACUGCAAGUUCUUCAACAUCAGUCCGCGCGAAGCGGCAGAAGUCGAUCCUGCGCAGCGUAUCGCCUUGAUGACUGCUUACGAGGCCAUCGAGCAAGCAGGUAUCGUACCUGACGCCACACCGAGCACGCGGCGCGAUCGUGUCGGUGUCUUCUAUGGUGUCACCUCCAACGACUGGAUGGAGACCAACUCUGCCCAGCAGAUCAGCACCUACUUCAUCCCCGGAGGCAAUAGAGCUUUCAUCCCGGGUCGUAUCAACUACUAUUUCAAGUUCAGCGGCCCAUCUUAUGCGGUCGAUACUGCAUGCUCUUCAAGCUUAGCGGGCAUCCACAUUGCUUGUAAUGCUCUUUGGCGUGGCGAUAUUGACACGGCGAUUGCAGGCGGUACUAAUGUACUGACAAAUCCUGACAUGACUGCUGGACUCGACAGAGGACACUUUCUCUCCCGCACAGGAAACUGCAAGACCUUUGAUGACGGUGCAGAUGGAUACUGCAGAGGCGAAGGUGUUGGUACCGUGAUCAUCAAGAGACUAGAUGAUGCCAUCGCCGAUAGGGAUCCUAUUCAAGCUAUUAUCCUCGGCGCUUACACGAACCACAGUGCAGAGAGCGAGUCGAUCACUCGUCCUCACAUCGGUGCUCAAAGUGCAAUCUUCAAGAAGAUUCUGAACCAAGGCGCCGUGGAUCCUUACGACAUUAGCUACGUUGAGAUGCAUGGCACAGGUACUCAGGCCGGAGAUGCCACUGAGAUGACUAGCGUGCUUCAGACUUUUGCACCACCUCUUGACGAAGUCAAGAAGCCACGUUCCGAGGAGCAGCCUCUGUAUCUUGGAAGCGGUAAAGCAAACAUCGGUCAUGGAGAAGCUGCGUCUGGUGUAUCGGCAUUAAUCAAGGUCCUUCUCAUGAUGCAGAAGAAUACGAUCCCACCCCAUGUUGGUAUCAAAACCAAGAUCAACCACAAAUUCCCGACCGAUCUUGACAGGAGAAACGUUAACAUCGCUCUGAAGCCUAUCCCAUGGGAGCGUACCGGAUCUCAGCCAAGGCGCACAUUUGUUAACAACUUCAGCGCUGCAGGCGGCAACUCGGCAUUGUUAUUGGAGGAUAGUCCAGUUUUCGAGAAACUUGAAGACAAUGAUCCAAGGACCGUCCACGUCAUUGCAGUCUCUGCCAAGAACGGUGUGUCUCUGCAAGGCAACCUCAAGUCGAUACAUAAGCACUUGAAGCAGAACCCAGACCUCUCUCUCAGUCAAUUGUCCUACACCACGACAGCUCGACGCAUGCAUCACCAGCAUCGUGUCAUGCUUGCUGGCAAGAACUCGGAAGAAUUGUGCCAGCAGAUUGAAAAGGCCAUUCAGGACAAGGCAGGCAUGACCAGACCCAAAACCGCUCCAAGGGUUUUGUUCACGUUCACAGGCAAUGGCGCUCAAUAUCCAGGUAUGGCCCGUGAGCUCUUCGACAAUUUCUCCGUCUUUCGCACUGAGAUGCGCUGCCUCGACAAGAUCGGUCGUAGUCUCGGAUUCCCAUCUAUGCUUCCUGUCAUCCAAUCCGACGAGCUAGACAUUGGCAAGUUCGCUCCAACUCCAGUCCAGCUUGCAACAACAUGUAUGCAGAUCGCAUUGGCCAGACUCUGGUCUUCUUUCGGCAUCCACCCUGCUGCCGUGGUCGGUCACUCUCUCGGCGAGUACGCUGCUCUGAAUGUAGCAGGUGUCUUGUCUGACACUGACACCGUAUACCUUGUCGGCAAGCGUGCUCAGCUUCUGGAGGCAAAGUGCCAAGUCGGCACUCACUCCAUGCUCGUCGUCAGAAGUGACGUGAGGACUGUCUAUGGCGCGCUUCAGGAUCGCCAGUUCGAGGUCGCAUGCAUCAACUCGCCAGUUGAGACCGUGCUCGCAGGACCAAAUGAAGACAUCACAACCUUCAGCGAGAUCCUUAAUGAGGCCGGUAUCAAGUCGACCUUGCUCAGGGUUCCUUAUGCUUUCCAUUCUUCGCAAGUGGACCCCAUCUUGGAAGACUUCGCUGGAUUGGCUUGCGGUGUCAAGUAUUCCACACCACGCGUGCCUGUUCUGUGCCCACUAGAUGGCCGCGUCGUCGAAAAGGCCGAAGUGUUUGUUGCCGAAUACUUCUCUCGCCACUGUCGCGAGCCAGUGGACAUGAUUACAGCACUCGAGCAAGCUCAGUCCAAGGGUUUCAUUACAGAUUCCACCAUGACCCUCGAGAUCGGCCCACAUCCGGCUGUCAGUGGCAUGGUCAAGGCCAACCUACCAAAGGUGGCGAAUCUACCUUCGCUGCAGCGUGGCAGAACAGCUUGCCAGACUCUGACUGCCGCACUUAAGUCCUUGUAUAUGGCAGGAGCCGAUCUCAGAUGGUCGGAGUAUCACCGCGACUUCUCCUCGGCCCAGAGGGUAGUUCAGCUUCCAGCCUACUGCUGGGAUUUGAAGGAGUAUUGGAUCCAAUACAUCAAUGACUGGUCACUGCGCAAGGGCGAUGCUCCUCUAGUUCUCGAACAGAGGACUUCCAAGCUUGAGAGUACUACCAUCCACAACAUUGUCGAAGAGACUGGCGAUGCCGAGAAGGCACAAAUCGUGGUCGAGGCUGAUAUUGCUCGCAAGGAUCUCAGUCCACUCGUACAAGGGCAUGAAGUCGAUGGCAUUCCACUUUGCACACCUAGCGUUUACUGCGAUAUCGCACUUACCCUCGGUACAUACCUUGUCGACAAGUAUCGACCAAAGCAAGAGCAGAGACUGGUCGACGUCGGAAAUAUGGACAUCUCCAAGGCUUUGAUCCUCAACUCGGCAGGAAACAAGCAGCUGCUCCAGGCUCACGCUGACGUUGACUGGGCCAAAAAUGCGGCCAGCAUUCGUUUUAUGUCGUUCAAUUCCAAGCAGAAGCUCCAAGAACAUGCUCGCUGCGUGGUGCGCUUCCAGGACCGCAGCCUCUUGACCAAGCUUGAGGGAGAGAAGGCAGCCAUCAAGAAAAAGAUGCAGGCUCUUCGUGAGGGUAUUUCCAAGGAGACCGUAGCGCGUUUCAACAGACCAAUGGUCUACAGAGCGAUCCGUCCUCUUGCUCGAUUCCACGAUGAUUAUCGUGCUAUCGACGAAGUCGUGCUGGACAGCAAUACUCUUGAGGCGACUAGCAAGCUCAGCUUCGGAACUGUCAAGAGAGAUGGUUGCUACCACACUCACCCCGCAGUCAUUGACGCUCUGACUCAGUCAUGUGGUUUCACAAUGAACUGCAACGACAGUGUUGACCUUGAUAAGGAAGUUUUCAUGAACCACGGCUGGGGCAGCUUCCAGAUCUUUGAACCAAUCAACCUCGACAAGACCUUCACCACGUACACCCAGAUGCACGAGGGCAAAGACAAGCUGUGGCACGGAGAUGUCGCCAUCUUCGAUCAAGAUGACAAGAUCGUGGCAAGCUUCAGGGGAAUCGCCAUUCAGAAUGUGCCACGCCGUGUGCUCAAGGUGAUUCUUAAUAACGAGAGUCGCAGCGUCCAGCCCAAAGGUACCAAUGCCGCUGCAAAGGCUGCACCUGUUGAGAAAGCGGAGCCUGCUAGCCUUAAGGCCAAGCCUACUGAGAAGGCUAAGCCUGCUGCAGCAAAGGCUGCUGCUCCCUCCAAAGCACUUCCAGCUCUAGCAAUCAUUGCUGAGGAGAGCGGCAUCUCCGAGUCGGACCUUGACGAUGAUACUGUAUUCGCCGAUGCAGGUAUUGACAGUCUGAUGGGUCUCACCAUAUCUGCUCGUUUCAAAGAGGAGCUUGACUUGGACAUCGACUUCAACUCUCUUUUCUACGAAUACCCUGCUGUCAAAGACCUCAGGAGAUUGCUUGGUGAUUCCGCCAGCGCGCCGGCAGCUCCAGCUGCUGAGAGCAAUGAAUCUGUUUCGGAGACCAGCAGUGACUCUGGUGCUGAGGUGACAAGAAACUGUUCUAGUGCAUCAUCUGAUGCAGGCACGGGCGUCACCACUCCCGACCGCGCACCAUCCUUACCAGAUCACGAGAAGAUUGCCACUGGCGCGAACUCUCAUGUCUUCCAGAGUGCUUUGUUAAUCAUCUCUGAGGAGAGUGGUGUGGCAUUGGAAGACCUCACUGAUGACACUGACUUCGCUGACAGUGGUGUUGACUCGCUACUCUCUCUCGUUGUCGUCAGCCGACUUCGUGAUGAACUCGAGCUCGACAUCCAGCACGAGUCGCUGUUCUUGGAAUGUCCAACAGUGCGUGAUCUCAGGAUCAUGCUGUGUGGAGACACUGCUGGCAGUGAUGAUCUGCCUCCACCACCUACCGAGGGAAUGGAGGAUCCUUCAAAGCCUAGCGGAGAUGCACAGUCAGAAGCUCGCCAGGUCUCCAUGAUUACUGAAGCGCAGAUUGCUGCUCUACCAGCUCGCAAGAAAGCUGUCGACGAUUUGGUCGAGAAAUACACAGCGGGUUUCAAGGCUCCGGUUCCCAACCCCAAUGGUGAAAUGCCAGCCCAGAAUGAGAAGGUCAUCCUCGUGACAGGUGCAAGUGGCAGUCUUGGAGGUCAUCUCACCUAUCAUUUGGCCCAGCUCGAACAUGUCAAGACUGUGGUUUGCCUCAACCGCGAGAACAGAAAUGAGAAGUACGCUCGCCAGCACAAGGCCAUGAAAGAGAAGGGAAUCCGCUUCCCAGAAGAGCUUAAGCACAAGCUCCGUGUCUUUCAGACUGAUACUAGCAAGCCGAUGUUUGGCCUUGAAAAGGCAGAGUACGAGAGCUUGACCAGUUCCGUCACGCAUCUCAUCCACAAUGCCUGGCCAAUGUCUGCUAAGCGACCACUUUCUGGCUUCGAGUCGCAAUUCCAAGUCUUCCGCAAUGCAAUUGACUUUGGCUGUGACAUCGUCUCCAAAAGACCAGCAGGCUUCAAGUUUGGAUUCCAGAUGGUUUCUUCCAUCGGCGUUGUUGGGCAUUACGAGCUUGAGAAUUACAGGCCCGGAACUGGCAUGAAACAGAUUGUACCAGAAGAGCGUGUUGGCAUCAACGCAGUCUUGACCAAUGGUUAUGGUGAGGCCAAAUGGGGCUGCGAAAGAAUGCUAGACGAGACCCUUCACAAGCAUCCAGAAAACUUCCGAACCAUGGCCGUCCGUCUUGGACAGAUCGCAGGCUCCAAGACAUCUGGGUACUGGAACCCAAUGGAACACUUCGGCUUCCUAGUCAAAAGUUCGCAAACCCUCAACGCCCUCCCCGACCUUGACGGCGGCCUCUUCUGGACCCCCGUCAACGACAUCGCUGGCGCCCUCUCAGAUCUUGUUCUCGCCGAUAAUUCCCCUUACCCCAUCUACCACAUUGAAAAUCCCGUUGGCCAAUCCUGGACCGACAUGACGAAGAUCAUCGCAGAAGCUCUGCACAUCGAGAACAUCAUCCCCUUCGAAGACUGGCUCGAAAAGGUGAAGAAUGCUCCGCAAAAGGACAAUCCGGCUUCCACUUUGUUGGACUUCCUCGAUGACAACUUCUUGCGCAUGAGCUGUGGUGGGCUUGUGUUGGAUUGUAAGAAGACUUUGGAGCAUUCGCCGAUUCUGGCGGCGUGCGGGCCUGUGAGUGAUAUUGUUGCGCAGAAGUAUAUACAGAUUUGGAAGGAGAUUGGCUUCUUGAAAUCUACUGCAGAAGACCGAGCGAAUCACAAGGAGAUCAGAGAACGUCUUUGGGGUUCAGCUCCUGCGGUGACAAAUCAGUGA